GUGCCCGGCUCCCCCCGCGCUGAGGCGGGCAGCGAUGCAGAAGGCAGGCGGCAGCUUCGCCUCCGCCGAGAGACACCCGCUCAAGAUGGCAGAUGUGUGUUGAGUUUGGGGGGCUGCGAUCUCGCGUCGUUCGUGGCGGCGUUGCCAUGAAUAACAGGCGUCCUUGCACCGAUGGCCCCCAUGUACGAAGGUAUGGCCUCGCAUGUGCAAGUUUUCUCUCCUCACACCCUUCAGUCAAGUGCCUUCUGUAGCGUGAAGAAACUGAAAGUGGAGCCGAGUUCGAACUGGGAUAUGACUGGGUACGGCACACACAGCAAAGUCUACAGCCAGAGCAAGAACGUGCAGUCCUCCCAAGCAGCCGCCGCAGCAGCCGUCAACGCCUCCCUCCAGAUCCCCAAUCCAAGCAUCCCUUAUGAACAGACCAUCAUCUUCCCAGCAAGCACAGGGCACAUCGUGGUGACAUCCGCCAACAGCACUUCUGGUGUGGUUGCAGUGUCUGGGCAAGCACUGGGCGGGCCACACAACCUGAUGCGUCGCAGCACUGUGAGCCUUCUGGACACCUACCAAAAAUGUGGACUUAAGCGCAAGAGUGAGGAGAUCGAGAACACAAGCAGCGUGCAGAUCAUCGAAGAGCAUCCACCAAUGAUUCAGAACAAUGCCAGUGGGGCCACUGUAGCCACCGCCACCACCUCCACAGCCACCUCCAAAAACAGUGGCUCCAACAGUGAAGGGGAUUACCAACUGGUGCAACAUGAGGUGCUCUGUUCCAUGACCAACACGUACGAAGUGUUAGAGUUUCUUGGCCGUGGAACCUUCGGACAAGUAGUCAAAUGCUGGAAACGUGGCACUAAUGAGAUUGUGGCUAUCAAGAUCCUAAAAAACCAUCCCUCCUAUGCCCGGCAAGGCCAGAUUGAAGUGAGCAUCCUGGCUCGUCUGAGCACAGAAAGUGCAGAUGACUACAACUUUGUCCGCGCAUACGAGUGCUUCCAGCACAAGAAUCACACGUGCUUGGUCUUUGAAAUGUUGGAGCAGAACCUCUAUGAUUUCCUAAAACAAAACAAAUUCAGUCCCUUGCCCCUUAAGUACAUUCGACCAAUUCUCCAGCAGGUAGCAACUGCCCUAAUGAAGCUGAAAAGCCUGGGACUGAUUCAUGCUGAUCUCAAACCAGAGAACAUCAUGUUGGUAGACCCAUCCCGACAGCCAUAUAGGGUCAAGGUCAUAGACUUCGGUUCAGCUAGCCAUGUGUCUAAAGCUGUGUGUUCUACCUACCUUCAAUCCAGAUAUUACAGAGCCCCUGAAAUCAUCCUCGGUUUACCAUUUUGUGAAGCAAUCGAUAUGUGGUCAUUGGGAUGUGUCAUUGCAGAGCUGUUCUUGGGCUGGCCAUUGUACCCAGGAGCUUCAGAGUAUGAUCAGAUUCGCUAUAUUUCACAGACGCAGGGCUUACCAGCAGAGUAUUUGUUAAGUGCAGGGACAAAGACUACGAGGUUUUUCAACAGGGAUACAGACUCACCAUAUCCUUUGUGGAGGCUGAAGACGCCAGAUGAUCAUGAGGCAGAGACGGGGAUUAAGUCGAAGGAAGCAAGAAAGUACAUUUUCAACUGUUUGGAUGAUAUGGCACAGGUGAACAUGACAACAGAUUUGGAAGGAAGUGAUAUGUUGGUGGAAAAGGCAGACCGGCGGGAGUUUAUAGAUCUGUUAAAGAAGAUGUUGACAAUAGAUGCAGAUAAGAGAAUAACACCCAUUGAAACUCUGAACCACCCUUUUGUCACCAUGACGCACUUGCUUGAUUUCCCUCACAGCACACAUGUCAAGUCCUGCUUCCAGAACAUGGAGAUCUGCAAGCGGCGGGUGAAUAUGUAUGACACAGUGAACCAGAGCAAGACACCAUUCAUCACCCAUGUAGCCCCGAGCACAUCGACCAACUUGACCAUGACUUUUAACAACCAGCUGAACACAGUCCACAACCAGACCACCAACCUGGCUCCCACCUCCUCCAGUGCCACUAUUUCCUUAGCCAACCCCGAGGUCUCCAUACUAAAUUACCAAUCUGCACUCUACCAGCCCUCAGCGGCAUCCAUGGCUGCGGUGGCCCAGCGGAGCAUGCCUCUGCAGACAGGAACAGCGCAGAUCUGUGCCCGGCCCGACCCCUUCCAGCAAGCUCUCAUCGUCUGCCCACCAGGCUUCCAAGGGUUACAAGCCUCCCCUUCGAAGCAUGCUGGGUAUUCAGUUCGGAUGGAGAACGCCGUUCCCAUUGUCACUCAGGCUCCUGGGGCCCAGCCUCUUCAGAUCCAGCCAGGACUCCUCGCACAGCAAGCGUGGCCCAGUGGCACUCAGCAGAUCCUGCUCCCUCCCGCCUGGCAGCAGCUGACCGGGGUGGCCACCCACACUUCUGUCCAGCACGCAACCGUCAUCCCAGAGUCCAUGGCGGGCACCCAACCGCUGGCAGACUGGAGAAACACCCACGCUCACGGCAGCCAUUAUAACCCCAUCAUGCAGCAGCCCGCGCUGUUAGCUAGCCAUGUGACCCUCCCCGCCGCCCAGCCCGUCAACGUGGGUGUUGCUCACGUCAUGCGCCAGCCGCCCGCCGCCGCCACCUCCGCCAGGAAGAGUAAGCAGCACCAGUCGGCACCCCGAAAUGCAUCCACCUAUGAAGUUUCAUCCUCUCAAUCCAUCAGCUCGCCUCAGCGGUCGAAACGAGUGAAGGAAAACACACCUCCCCGCUGUGCCAUGGUGCACAACAGCCCUGCCUGCAGCACCUCCAUCACGUGCGGCUGGGGUGAUGUGGCGACCAGCACCACGCGGGAGCGGCAGCGGCAGACAAUAAUAAUUCCUGACACCCCUAGCCCUGCAGUGAGUGUCAUCACUAUCAGCAGCGACACAGAUGAAGAGGAGGAGCAGAAGCAUGCACCCACCAGCACCUUGUCCAAGCAAAGGAAGAACGUCAUCAGCUGUGUCACCGUGCAUGACUCCCCCUACUCUGAUUCCUCCAGCAACAACAGCCCUUAUGCCGUGCAGCAUCGUGCAGGGCAGAAUAACGGGAACGCCUAUGACACCAAAGGGGUUCCAGAGACUCACUGCAGUGGGAACCCCCGAACGAUCAUCGUGCCACCACUGAAAACCCAGGCCAGUGAGGUGUUGGUAGAGUGCGAUAGCCUGGCACCAGUCACCACCAGUCACCACUCAUCCUCCUACAAGUCCAAGUCCUCCAGCACCGUGACCUCCACCAGCGGUCACUCUUCAGGGAGCUCGUCUGGAGCCGUUGCCUAUAGGCAGCAGCGACCAGGAGCACAUUUCCAGCAGCAGCAGCCUCUUAAUCUAAGUCAGGCCCAGCAGCACAUCACGACCGAUCGCACAGGGAGUCACCGGAGACAGCAAGCCUACAUCACUCCAACGAUAGCUCAGGCCCCGUACUCUUUCCCGCACAAUAGUCCCAGCCAUGGUACAGUUCAUCCUCACUUGGCUGCAGCUGCCGCUGCUCACCUGCCCACCCAACCCCACCUCUACACAUACACCGCCCCGGCCGCCCUGGGCUCCACGGGCACCGUCGCACACCUGGUGGCCUCCCAAGGGUCUGCGCGGCACGCCGUGCAGCACACCACCUACCCCGCCAGCAUCGUCCACCAGGUCCCUGUCAGCAUGGGCCCGCGGGUUCUGCCCUCACCCACCAUCCACCCGAGUCAGUACCAGGCUCAGUUUGCCCAUCAGACCUAUAUCAGUGCUUCUCCAGCCUCCACAGUCUACACUGGAUACCCACUGAGCCCCACCAAGGUCAACCAGUACCCUUACAUCUAAACACUGGAACAAGGAGCGAGAGACGCACCCAUCCUGGGGGAGUGAGGCAGCCGCUUUUGUACUGAAGAACAUGACAAACUAACAAUGCAAUGGGAGGCUCACGUGAAACUUGAACGAAGGAGACUUUAAGGAAGAAACGAAAAAGAGGA